ACAGCAGGCAGGAGUUGCUUGUCAUCGCCGCCAAAGCCGAAAAUAAUUUGUAAUAAUUGCAAUAUUUUACUUUACAAGUUGAUAAUAUUAGAACUUUAAUAAUUUUACGCAUCUAAGUAAAGUCUUACACAACGCACUUGCAGAACGUGAUCAACAAUGAGUUCUAUUGGAACUGGAUAUGAUCUUUCCGCCUCACAAUUUUCGCCGGACGGCAGAGUAUUCCAAGUAGAAUAUGCCGCCAAAGCUGUAGAAAACUCUGGCACAGUGAUUGGCCUCAGAGGAAAGGAUGGAGUUGUGUUUGCGGUUGAAAAGCUAGUUACUUCAAAAUUGUAUGAACCGGGCGCGAACAAGAGGAUCUUCCAUGCUGAUCAGCAUGUGGGCAUUGCUGUAGCAGGCCUCAUCUCUGACGCUAGACAAAUUGUAGAGACAGCUCGCAGCGAAGCCUCCAGCUACAGAAACCAGUAUGGGAUCCCGGUGCCUCUCAAAUACUUAAACGAGCGAGUCUCCAUGUACAUGCAUGCUUAUACAUUGUACAGCGCUGUUCGCCCAUAUGGAUGCUCCAUUGUGAUGGGAACCUGGUCGGAACAUAACGGACCCGAGAUGUACAUGCUUGAUCCUAGUGGAGUGUCUUUCUCAUACUUUGGAUGUGCAGUGGGAAAAGCAAAGCAGGCGGCAAAGACUGAGAUUGAAAAGCUCAAGUUAGCGGAUUUGACAGUUAAGGAACUUGUCAAGGAAGCAGCUAGGAUCAUCUACCUCGUGCACGACGAGCUAAAAGACAAGCAGUUCGAGCUGGAACUCUCCUGGGUGAGCGCGGCCACGAAGGGCAAGCACGAGCUGGUCCCACGCGCCGUCGCCGCCGAGGCAGAAAACACGGCCAAGCAGGCGCUAGCUGAUAUCGAGGACUCUGAUGAGGGAGACAUGUAACAACAUACAUUAUACGGUUUUAAUAUUA